CGAGAGCCUGGGUCGCUGGGCUCUCCGCGCUGCGAGGAAGCUUCUUCAUUCGCGGCGGCUGCUGCUGUUGCAACGUGUCGGAUCCUCGGCUGCUGCUGCUGCUGCUGCUGCUGCUGCUUUCGCUCCGGUCCGCCAAGGCUGCUGAGGAACCAAGAGGAGGAGGAGGAGGAGGAGGAUUGCCUCCACCAGCUGCAGCUGUGCACUCCUGUAGAGAUCCCUCAAGAAGAAGAAGAAAGAAGAAGAAGAAAAAGAGAUCUCUCUCUCUCCCCUCCAAAUCUCUCUUCGCCUGCUUGCAGAAAUCGGAGUGGAUUUUGCUGUCAAGAUGAAGGGUUGUCAGAAUGACUAUGCGGAUGGAUGCACAGAGGCAGCUGCAAAACCCAUGACCAAUUCUUUCAAGGCUGAUGAUCUUGUCAUCAAUCCGUCUACCACGUUGAAAGAGAAGCCGGACCCAAAUGGCUUAGUAUUUGGAACAGUUUUCACAGACAACAUGCUCUUCAUUGAAUGGUCCUUCACAUCUGGAUGGGACGUUCCUCAGAUUAAGCCCUUGGAGAAUCUCUCUGUGCACCCAGCCAUCUCAGCACUGCAUUAUGCUGUAGAACCGAGAGGAGUGACGGAAGCGAAACUGCUCCAAAUGCUAUGGCUCAAUGAAUACACACUGUUCGAAGGCAUGAAGGCAUAUCGAGGCGUGGAUGGCAAAAUACGCUUGUUCCGACCAAGACUCAACAUGGAGAGGAUGUUACGGUCAGCUGCGCGAGCAACUUUGCCGGGUUUUGACAAAGAAGAACUUCUGCAGUGUAUCCAGAAACUGGUGGAAGUUGAGAAGGAGUGGGUACCCUAUUCAACCUCUGCUAGCUUGUAUAUCCGCCCUACUUUAAUUGGGACAGAGCCAUCUCUUGGAGUCAAGAAGCCAUCAAGGGCCAUUCUUUACGUGAUCCUGAGCCCUGUAGGGCCCUACUUCUCAAGUGGGACCUUCAACCCCAUCUCCUUGUGGGCAGAUCCAAAAUUCGUCCGAGCUUGGAAAGGUGGGACGGGAGACUGCAAAUUGGGAGGGAAUUAUGGCUCUUCGAUUUAUGCCCAACGUGAAGCCAUGGAAUUGGGGUGCCAGCAGGUCCUCUGGCUUUAUGGUGAUGACCAUCAAAUCACAGAAGUCGGGACGAUGAAUCUUUUCCUAUAUUGGCGAAAUGAAGAUGGAGACGAUGAGCUGGCAACCCCACCUCUAGAUGGCAUCAUUCUUCCUGGUGUGACGAGGCAAAGCAUCUUAGAUCUGGCACGCAAGUGGGGUGAAUUUAAAGUAUCUGAGCGAUACAUUACUAUGAGUGACCUCACAACUGCCUUGAAGGACAAGAGGGUGAAGGAGAUGUUUGGGGCUGGAACAGCUUGCGUUGUAUGUCCUGUUUCAACAAUACUCUACCUGGGAGAGAAUUUGCAAAUCCCAACCAUGGAAAAUGGACCUCAAAUAGCAACCCGUUUCUGGAACCAGCUAAGUGAUAUUCAAUAUGGAAGAGAAGACAGCGACUGGACAAUCGUGGUCUCAUGAAUGUGAGGGAUGAGAACAUUUCAGCCUUCUGCAAGCACAACCAAGUGUUCUAACUACCACCUGAAUGAUGACCAGUUUUACUGUAGCUCUGUGUAGAGUAGUCUGUGUAUUAUCACUUUAAUCCUGAGCUGGGGAGUUGGGUCCACAUGCCAGGAAAUGAAACUUAGGGCUAUCAUUUCCGGGCUGCAAACAUCAAGUUGAUCACGAAAUAGCAGGGAAAAGCUUCCUUUCCACAUCUCUUUGCUGCUACGUUGUGGUCAAACAGAUUUUUGCAGGCCCGGGUAUGGUAGCCCUAGUGAGCACAUUUUUUCUUCUGUGAUUUUGGUCUAGACUAGAAAUCUGUCUUCUGGUGGAGGUGCUAGAUGUCAACAGUAGAGACGCUCCUAACACAACCCUUGGUGUCCCUUAUAUCCUUGGUACAGUGGACAACUGUGUUUAGAAGUUCUUCAACUGCUCUUCAUUGCAAGCCAAAUACUCUUGGUCUUACGCGUCACUUUUUAACCAGAUUAUUACGUGACUAUUUUACCAAAUAGUCACCAAAUAGUCACCUCAAUUACCAAAUGAUUGAGAGUAAACUUUUCACCAUCUCCUUUCUCGUCUGCAACCUUAGAAAAUGAAAGGUUUAAUUUUCGUAAGACAGGUAGAUAUAGUAAAUGCAGUAAAUAUUUCGCCAUCUCUUGAUUUUUCCAUCUUUAGGACAAUUGUUCUAAUUUACAGGACUUCAAAGAAUCCCAGUUUUUGAUCACCGACUAGAAUCACAUCUCACAGAUGAUAAUUCUCAAAUUGGGGAACUGAUUUCUCUGAUGUCUAGAGGAAUUUUUUUCCCUCUCAUUAGUAAGUGACUUCUACCAUUGCCAAACUAUGGAAAAUUUCUGUAAAGUAAGUUGUUUGAAUACAGAAUACAUUGGUUGAUGGCAUAGCCAUCCAUAACAUUUUAAAUAAGGCAGGUUUUAGAGAUUUGCCAGAUAUCAGAUUAUGGCCCAAUCCACCAUGCUUGAAAUCCUUUAGAAAGAAAAGUUCUUUGUGGCUUCUACCAUCCUUCAAUUGUCUCAGCUUUUCUUGGAGACAUUGACUUUAAAAUCUCACCCUUCCCUCCACGCAGUCUUGAAAUCACAACACCACAAUGAUCAGAUGUAUUAGAAAAGAUUCCUGAUUCUCUGAAUAAGCUUUAAUAAUCUACUGUAUCAAAUUAGAUUAAACGAGAUGUUACUGAAGUAGCUUGAGAUAUGGGAAGGCCUCUAAAUCAACCCUAAACUUACAAGAUCUACUUUGAUCUUCCUUUUCUUUUUCCUUUUGUUUCCACUAGACUCCCACAAGAUCCACAAAACUAGAUCAAAUUAUAAAAUAAUUGUCUGGAGCAAUAGUUCUCAACCUUUUCUUUACCAAGGGCUCCCUUUAAAUACCUUUUGUGGCCAUGGACCAUAGCCAUGAACCCCCAAGACUUAACUCAAGAUUUAAAUCAUAACAUUUUUUUCAUUCGUGGACCCCCCCCCCAUGACAUCCUGACCUCCCCCCAGAGGUCUACAGACCACAGGUUGAGAAUCAUUGGUCUGGAGGAAGCAAACCACUCUGAAACAUAUUGCUUUGGUUAAUUUUAAAAUUUCCCUUUUCUGAAUAUUAUGGUCAUCUACUAAAGACAGUUUUGAGGUCUUGGCUUAGUGCCUUUUGAGUCUGAGCUUGAAGGCAUCUGAGCUUUAAGACAUCUCUUGCCAAAGAAGUUACAUACAAAAGUGUUCGGCACAUACUCACAUUUCUUGGACCAAAUAUUUCUUGAGUUAACUGGCAAGAUAAUCAAGGCACUGGGCUUUCUUUUUGCUAGGACACUCACAGGGACUAAUAAAGUUCACACACACCCCUCAUAAAGAGAGAAGGUCAUGAUUUGGGAAAAUUCUAACUCUGCUUCUUGCACCUUGAACCUACCUCUACUUAGUGAUUGAUGAAGGCUGAGACUAUACCCAACUUUUGUUCCCCUGUGACCUCAUAGGCACCUAAAAUUUUUAGGGGAAAGGAUGUGACAAGACUUUACCAACUCAAGAUGCAGGUCAUAGUAGUGAGGAGAUGAUUUUGCACGCAUUCCACACAGUUGUCUGGCUGUGACCACAAGGAGAAGGCCUGUUGUAGCCUACUUCCUUAUGCAUACGCAAAAGCAUUUUAAUACCCAAGGGUAUUCGUUCACUCUCAUCAUGUCCCACCAUGUGCCAAAAUAAGUAGACACGUUCAACAGCAUCAUGUCAUAUGUUCUUUCUAGAACAUUUUAAGUGGAUCUUAAAAUCUGCUAAUAUGGAUUCUUUACAUUUUGAUCCAAUGCUCUUUAGUUAUAAUAUCCCAUGUUGCGGUAACGUUUCCCAGAACCACCUUAGCGCAAAGCAAAACUUUCUGUAUUGUAUGACUUCACGGUGCGUUAAUCAGCAAAGGCCUUCCAGAAAGAUUUCAUACCCUUAAAACGUUAUCCUUUUAUUGAAGACCAGUUGAAGCUGAUGAUGCUGGAUGGAGUUCUGUUUAGAACAGUUUUCUCCAGGGUGGUUCUUCCAGGUGGGCUGAGAUUCCCAGUCCAAGGUUUCUCAACCAAUAGGAAUUCUCAGAAUUGGAGUUCCUACAAUUCAAGGCCACCAGGAUGGGGUAAGGAUGGUCUAAGAACAGAUUACUACUUCUCUACCUGGGGGCUUGAAGAUGUGUAGACUUCAACUCCAGUAUUCCCCAGCCAACUAUGCUGACUGUAGAAUUCUGGGAGUUGGAAGUCUACACAUCUUAAAGUUGCCCAGAUUGAGGAGCAUUGAAAUAGACACAAUAAGCACAAGCUGUUUCCCAAUGAUGGUAGAUGUAACACCCUCCGUAUCUUCUUCUUGCCAGUUGAAUUUGUAUUGUGCUGCUACCCUUGUUGGGUUCUGUUCCAGUUACUGCUAGCUAUCAUUGGUGAUGUGCAGAGUUUUGCUUUCCUUUUCUUUUGUCUAUUGUUGGCCACAUUGCUAAUUGGGAGGCUCACAGUUCUGAUCUUGAGUAAAAAGCUACUACUGGAGCAGGACCAUCGUAAUAGAAGAGUGCCUUUUGACGAAGAGUGUGUGUCCACGUUGAGAGUUUGACUUGCUGAGACCAAAACUAUGUAUGUUUGGCUGAGACAGGAUUUGAAAAGACUGGUUGCUUCUGUUUCCCUGUCAAGAGGAUAACCAGGGGGAUCUAGGACAACUCGCAGUGACUAAUGCCAUGGUCAUCUCGUUUGUGGCCAACCUGGCAUGGCCAUCUCACCACGGAACACCCACUAUGGCCAACUUGCUGCGGAAUAACUCACCGCGGGACAAUCCAUGUGGGAUAACUCAAUGUGAUAAAUGUUAUCUGCCACUGUUUCUUUGACAUGAUUUCCAUUUUUGUCAAUGAGAAUAGUGCUGAAGAAAAAGUUGUCCCAUGGUGAGUUGGCCAUGGUGAAUUGUCCAGGGGUGCUAUUCAGCAGGUUCUGACAGAUUCUGGAGAACCGAUAGUGGAAAUUUUGAGUAGUUCGGAGAACUGGCAAAUACCACCUCGGGCUGGCCCCAGAGUGGGGUGGGAAUGGAGAUUUUGCAAUAUCCUUCCCCUGGAGUGGGGUGGGAAUGGAGAUUUUGCAAUAUCCUUCCCCUGGAGUGGGGAGGGAAUGGAGAUUUUGCAGUAUCCUUCCCCUGCUAUACCCACCAAACCACACAAUGCCCACCAAGCCAUGCCCACAGAACCGGUAGUAAAAAAAAAAAUUGAAUUUCACCACUGGAAUAGUCCCAUAGCGAGACAAUGCUGCAUGGUGAGAUGGCCAUGGCAAGAUGGCGGCAGUGAGAUGGCUGCAGCGAGUUGGCCAUGGUAAGAUGACCAUGGCAAAUUGGCUGUGGUGAGUUGUCCUUAAGCAGGAAGGUGAGCACUUAACUCCCAUCCACCCCCAUUUCCUUCCUGCAAUUUUCCUCCCCUAGUUACUUGCCGCGUCAAGUGAGUAAACCAGAUGGAAAGAAGGGGGAUUCCAAGAAAAAGGAGCAAACAGGAAAAUAACUGGUUUUGUUUUUCUCCUCCGUUGGGGUGUAUCUCUUAACUGCAGUCGGGGGUUGGGUUCCCAGGUCAUCCUUGCAUGUGCCACUGAGCAUACAGCCCUCAACAAGAUGUAUUUUCUUUAGCAACUCUGUCUGCUUAAAGAUUCUCCCUUGACAAGGACACGAAAGGAAAUGUUCUUCCUGCUUAGGGUGUGAUGGCGUUCACCAUUCCUGAAAACCACUUGAAGUGUUCUUAAACACUUUGUGAUGGCAGAGUGGUUAGAAUGCAGUACUGCAGGCUACUUCUGCUGCCUGCCGGCUGCCGGCAAUUUGACAGUUCGAAUCUCACCAGACUCAAGGUUGGACUCAGCCUUCCAUCCUUCGGACGUCAGUAAAAUGAGGACCCAGAUUGUUGGGGACAAUAUGCUGACUCUGUAAACCGCUUAGAGAGGGCUGUAAACCACUGCGAAUCGGUAUAUAAGUCUAAGUGCUAUUGCUAUUGCUACUUGUCUCCGGGGAGUGCCUGUUUGCAAAUUGACCUGUCAUUCAAAUGGGAUCUAUGACAAUUUGCCAUAUCGAACUCGCCAUGGCCAACUUUUUGCAGGAGAACUUGCCUUAGGACAAGGGUUACACUAAGAUCAAGAAAUGGUGGAAAAGAAUCGUGAAAGGAAGGAUGCAAAAGGAGGCACAAAGUGAAACGCGAAUGACAAAAAUUAAAAUCUUUUUAAAAUUUAUUUUAAAUAAUUCAAUUGAAUUGUUCGAUUGUCCCGCGGCGAAUUAUUGUCGUGGGGCAAGUUGUCCGACAGCAAGUUGGCGGCGGUGAGAUGGCCGCGACGAGUUGGCCACAGUGAGUUGUCCCAUUCCGGUGUCAAUGUUCCUUGUCUCAAAGGUGGUUUUUCAAAAGGCAACGGGAUGGUUUUUUUUUUUUUCUUGAGGAGGAAGAAGAAAACGUUCGCUUCUCAUCCAAGAAGCUUCAUCCGUUCUGAAUGUGAUGAAGCUUCUUGGAUGAGAAGCGAAACAUUUUCUUCUUCUUUUUUUUUGAAAAAAGUUUUUAAUUUUUAUUUUUCAUCAACAUGUUUAAAUCUACAGUCUUUUAUCCAUCCUUAUCCAUUGUUCGUUCAUCUUCUUCUUCAACUUCCAUUAGGUAAUUAAUUAAUUAUUUGUUCGGGUCUGCUCUUUUACCAUUUCCUUCUUUUGUUUUACUACAGCCUUUCCUUUUUCCCUUCCCUUCUUUUUCCUUCUUUCUUUCUUCUUUCCUCAUUCCUCCUCUCCUUUCCUUUCCUACUUCCUUUCCUCUUUCCCCUCUCCUCUCUUCUUCCUCCCCUUCUUACCCUCUCUCCUGCUCUUCUUUCCCCUUCCUUCUUCCUCUCCUUUUCCCAUUCUUCUUUUCUCUUCUUCUCAUCUCCCAACUCCCCUACUUUCCCCUCUCUACUCCUCCCCUCUUUUCCAUUCCUUUGUUGUUUCCUUUUUUAAUUCAAUCUGAGAUGGUAUUCGAGCAGACCCGAUUUCUAUUUACAUACGUCUUCAUUUCCAAUUUCAUUUUUUACUUUACUAUUAUUCCUCUAGUAUUCCUGUACAUUUUUUAAUCAAUCCAUGUAUCAUCUGAGUAUAACAUUUGUGCUAUCAUCUUCAAAAUUUACCAUUAUUUCUUAAAAUAUAUAUUUAUCUUUCCUUCUUUCAUUUAAUUUUAAUAUACUACAACAUAUUCAUCUCAAAGUUCUUGUCUUUAUCCUGUUUAUUAUCUAUACUCACUUUCUAACAUUUUCUUCUUAUUCCUCGAGAAAAAAAAAACAUCCAGUUCAGUGGUGGAUUGCUACAGGUUCGUCCCGGAUCGGAGCAAACCGGUAGCAAACUAAAUUGAAAUCCACUACUGAUCCAGUUGCCUUUUGAAAAAGCACCAUUGAGACAACUAUGACUGAGAACCUCCAUCCUUGGGUGACUGAGAACCUCCAUCUACGAAUGUUCCCUGUCUUCUCAGUAUUGGAUUUGGGGAAUUGCAACCUGCAGGAAGCAAAAAUGAAACACUCGGAAUCCUAGGAAUGUUCUCCCUUUCUCUCUCUUCCCCAACAAAGCAUUCAGCUCACACAAAAUGUUCAAACCCACUAAUGGCCCACUUGCAAUGGGAUAAUUUCUAAUUCAAAGCAUUUUGUGUAUCUCUUGUUGCAAACAUGCAUGGUUUACCUCUGUUGCUCCGUGGCCAUAGAGCUUAAAAUGGAAUGUACUGUUGUGUCCUUGAGACCCUCUACAAAAAUGGAUCCACCCUAAAUGAGGUGUGUUUUGUUUGUCUUUCAGCCUGUAAUUGCUAAAGGGGCUGGUUUUUAAAAGGUCUUUUCUUAAAUGUACAGGAAGUUACUCAGACCAGCAAGGGUAUUUUGAUAUUGCGUGACAAUCCAAUGAAAAAAAUAAAAUUAAAAAGUAGACCUUUGUUGUCAUCUUUGUUUUCAAUCUUUGCAAAAAAAAAAAAAAAAGUUUGCGCCAGCCAGAAAAAGAGCUCACGGGAGUGUCGUUAAGUGAAGUAACUUGCACUCAUCUGCAUUUAAAAACCAGCAAUAAAUUUCAGAGGCAAAUCUCUUACAAGGCUUUCAAGAUUUUAAAGAGAUGAAAUAGGUGCUUAAAUUCCUUCAAACUUUCACAAUGCAAAUAGACUCUUUUUGUACCGGCUCUGCUCAGAUAUUUUUGGACCCCUAAGUAUUUUUCAGACCCUUUAGCUAUUUUUAAUGAAAAAUGGAAUAGAAAAUAGAAAAAGAAUCUAAAAAUUCUGCUGUACAAUCAGAAGAAAGUAACUUUGAGUUGAGGAGAGCUCACUCCCGAGUAUUGCUGUAAUUCUCUAUUAAAUGUAUUAUGGAAUUUUA